AUGGUGGUGUUCAAUGGUUCAAUGCGUUUAAAAGUUCUUGAAGCAGAUAAUCUUCGUGCCACUGGUCAUUCGACACGCUAUUUUCCUCAAAAUACAGCUGUUGCUUAUAUAUCACCCUAUGUAUCGAUUGAUAUUGAUGACUUACCAAUGGGACGAACACAAACAAAACAAAAAUCAACCACGCCAUCAUUUAAUGAAGAAUUCACGAGUGACGUUCAUAAUGGUCAACAAUUGCAUUUAACCGUAUUUCAUGAUGCUGCAUUACCGCCCGAUGAAUUUGUUGCUGAUUGUACAAUCAAAUUUGACAAUAUCCAUGAUAAAAAAAGUGAUAUUUGGGUCGAUCUUGAACCAGCAGGAAGAAUUCAUGUUUCUAUUGAACUUCAAGGACAAUUUAGUGAUUCUCCAAUAACAAAUGAACGACAUUUCAAGCAAAAUAAAAAGGCAUUUGCGCAGCGUCGUUUCGCUGUUGUACGACGUGUCUAUGAAAUAAAUGGACAUAAGUUUAUGGCGACGUUUUUUCGACAGCCGACUUUUUGCUCAAUUUGUUCUGAAUUUAUUUGGGGUAUCUUUCGUACACAAGGUUACCAGUGUCAAGUUUGCACAUGUGUAAUACACAAAAGAUGUAAAGCAUGCGUAGUAACAACUUGUCCAGGAAUUCGAACGUGUUUCGAAUAUCGUGACAAACGUUUUAAAAUCAAUGUUCCUCAUCGAUUUUUUAGCCAUACAUAUAGAUUAUUUACUUUUUGUGAUCAUUGUGGUUCACUUCUGUGGGGAGCAUGGCAACAGGGCAUGCAAUGUAAAGAAUGUAAACUUAAUGUUCAUAAACGUUGUACAAGAAAUGUGGCCAAUGAUUGUGGACUUGAUAAAAAGAAGUUAGCAGAAGUUCUGAGUGAACUCAAUAUCAAUACUGAACCACAGAAAAUGAUUGGAGCUGGAGAAAGUGAACGUGAGGUAAAAAAACCAUAUAGUCCAAGUGCGAGCGUUACACAGCCAUCAUCAAGUACAUCAACACCAGACACUGCUUCAAGUAAUAAACAACGUAUGUGUAUAGAAGAAUUUAAUUUUAUUAAAGUGCUUGGAAAAGGAAGUUUUGGAAAGGUAAUGUUAGGUGACUUAAAAGCGACUGGUGAAGUAUUUGCUAUCAAAGUAUUGAAUAAAGAUGCUAUUAUUCAAAAUGACGAUGUUGAAUGUACAAUGACAGAAAGACGUAUAUUAGCAUUAUCAGCAAGACAUCCAUUUUUAACGGCAUUAUUUUGUAGUUUUCAAACAAAGGAACGAAUGUUUCUUGUUAUGGAGUAUGUAAACGGUGGUGAUUUGAUGUUUCAAAUUCAACGUUCGAGAAAAUUUGAUGAAGCACGUGCAAGAUUUUACGCAGCUGAAGUGACAUUAGCGCUAGUGUUUUUACAUCGGCAUGGUGUCAUUUAUCGUGAUUUGAAAUUGGAUAACAUUCUUCUCGAUGCCGAAGGUCACUGUAAAAUAGCUGAUUUUGGUAUGUGUAAGGAAGGCAUAUUUAAUGGAAAAUUAACGUCAACAUUUUGUGGAACACCUGAUUACAUUGCACCAGAAAUCUUACAAGAACUCGAUUAUUCGUUUUCUGUUGAUUGGUGGGCGCUUGGUGUACUUAUGUAUGAAAUGAUGGCUGGUCAACCACCAUUUGAAGCCGAUGAUGAAGACAGUUUAUUUGAAUCAAUAUUACGUGAUGAAGUGCUUUAUCCUGUAUGGCUGUCAAAAGAAGCUGUUCAUAUUCUCAAAUCGUUUAUGACAAAAAAUCCGGCAAAACGACUGGGUUGUGUCGCUGCACAAGGUGGUGAAGAUGCUAUUAAACGUCAUGCAUUUUUUUCGGGAAAAAUUGAUUGGGAAGCACUUGAACAUCGUCAAGUGAAACCACCAUUUAAACCAAAAGUGCGAGAUCCUCGGGAUGUGAGCAAUUUUGAUAAAGAUUUUACAAAUAUGGCUGUUGCAUUUACACCAAUUGAAUCUGUUAUUGUCAAAGCAAUUAAUCAAGACGAGUUUAAAGAUUUUUCAUUUAUUAAUACAAACUGGCGUUGUUUAGAGCGUGGAGAAUUACCAGAAGAUGAUCAUAAUGAUGGUCGUCGCGCAGUUCGUGAUUUUGGCGCUGAUUUACAACAACCAUUGCCAAUGACACCAAUUCUCUCACAUCAAGGAGCAGACGUUGCAUCAACAAUGACCGUUGUUAAUACAAAUCAUAUGCCAAUUCCACAUAUAACUUCAACAAGUACUGCUUCAAAUAAUAAUAAUAAUAAUGAUAAUAAUGAUCAUCCAUCAUUCACAUCAACAAGUUAUAAUGCUCCUACACCGACACCAUUUUCAAUGCCAAAUUCCAUACCACAACAAAUGCAAUCGUCAAGUAUUAGAACUCCAGCAUCAGCUCCUGUACAAACACAUAUCCAACAUACAUUUUCCUCUUUUUCACCGCCAUCAGCACAAAUGAAUAUAACCUCGAUAAACACAAACAACAACAAUGAUAAAACAUCGACAAAUUCAUUAGAAAAAAAUGAUAAAUUAGCAAACAAACAAGCAGAUAAAUCACUAUCAAUAGGUCGACACUUUAGUAAUUCAAAAACUGAUCAAACAGACAUGUAA